AUGUCACGGGGACGCCACCACCCCACCCUGAAGAGGCUCAUCCAAGCAUUUGCCGCAAAACAUGCCUGCUCGCACGACAAGCUUGCCGAGUACCUCGACAACAAUUGGAAGCCUAAUGUGGCACUCAUAGACGUCGAAUGGGAUGCCAAGCGGGAGGUCUUCGAAGGCGAUCCCAUGCCCUCGAUCCUAUGCAACCCUACCCUAACGGCCAGAAAGCUGUGCCGUGCUGUGGGCCACGAAGAAUUCCUGUCGGAGUAUACUCUGAUGAGUGAUAUGAAGUCCAUCGAAAGCCACUUCGGUGUCACCCUCCGAGAAGAUUCGUCGUCCCUGACCAAUUGGGGAGACAGAAACCUAGCUCUCAGCGACUACACCAUGUGGUCUGCUACAGGAACCAAGUCGCACCCCCUGCACAGGCUGAUGUCUCGCCCUGCGCUGGAGAGGUACAUAUGCGCGCAUCUGCUGAAGACUUGUCUACCGUACCCUCGGCCCAAGUUCGACAACGAGCUCGUGUACGCGCCUCUGAACCUGAACAUGGUGUUCAGGCUUCUCUUCCGCAUGCACGAAGCUGGAUACCCAGCUCAUUGGCUAUCCGGUAUUCUGCGAACCAUGCUCGAGGGAAAACUGACGACGUCGGUCAGGGCCCCAAGGCAGAUGGUCCAAGACCGAGUGUCCGUCGAGAAGGUCCACCCGACGCUCACCUUGAGCAUCAAACCUUGGGUGGCGGCGCUCAGUACUCUGGGAACCAUCUGGCAGGACUUGCUACCAUUCGGAUUGCUGUUCCCGUCGGCCCUCUUGCGCCAGCGGAGCACCGUCAGCGAAUACCAGAUAUCGUUCCCACCACACCAUGACAAGGCCCUCGGCAGACCACAUUUCAUGCUGUUCUUUUGGGACACCAGUUCUCGCCUUCCGCCCCGAAAGAUUCGCAAAACUCUGCUCGAUGAUGAACUGGGGGAUCGCUCGGAGAAAGUGAAGGGCAUCCGCGAGUCCGGUGUCCACGUCCUGACAACAUUCAGGUGGGCUACCCAGACGCGGACUGCCUCGUUCUGGCUCCGGAGUGAUAUCGCGGAGAGCUUGCAGCAUGGGGAUUGGAGGGCGUACGUGUGGCGGACGGACACGUACGAGAAGGCGACCGAAGGCGUAGCGGUGCAGGACGCGAUCAAGGAGGUCAGGCAGUGGGAUGAUUGA